AUGCAGUCCCUUGGCUGGUGUGCGAGGCUCACCCACAUCAUAUACUGCCGUGGCCCAACAAGGGCCACCGAGAGUGGCGUGGGGCCCAGGAGCGGCCCGGGGUGUUGCCGUGACCCUCUGCCUUGGAAAGGUGCGUGCCAGAGACCUUCCUGCUUCUCGUUACCUGAGGGGAUCCGGCUGUGCCAAGGGCAGUGUCCUCCACCCAUCCUUGCACACUCUCCCUACAACUGGAUCCACCCAUCCAAUAUCAUGCCCAGGGCACCUGCUCACGGGGUACAGCUAGUGGGCUGUGGACGAGAGUGA